AUGCUGUGGCCAUUCAUGCUGGCCAUGGCUGCGUCGGGUCAGGCUGCCCUUGUGAAGCACGCACGCCUGGAGUCUGGGAUGGAAGGAAAGAUUGCCAAAAAAUUUGUCAGGCAGGAGAUGUGUGGUGUAGAGGAUCAGGCCAUUGAUAUGCAGCCCCAAGCGGCGGCCUUCGACUACUCAAUCUUUGUAUUCUCCAAAUAG